AUGACUCGACUUCAAGACUUCACGAAACACCACUUCGACUACCUAAUCAUUGGCGGUGGUACAGCCGGCCUGGUUGUUGCGCGUCGUCUUUCCGACCGAUCGGACGUGAGCGUCGGCGUCGUCGAGGCAGGGCCCACUGCGCUGGAUGAGCCUGCGAUCAACACCCCCGGUCUCUACGGCGAGACUCUGGGCGGUCGAUUCGACUGGAAGUUUGAGACAGAGGCGCAAUCGGGGCUGGAAGGUCGGACAAUCCCAUGUCCACGGGGAAGGGUGCUGGGAGGCACGAGCGCGCUGAACUACAUGGCGUGGACGCGUGGGAACCGAGAAGACUACGAUGCAUGGGCGGAGUUGGGGAAUGAGGGAUGGGGAUGGGAUGAUCUUCUUCCCUUCUUCCAACGCAGUGAGACCUUUCAUGUACCAGACGCUUCGCACCAGGAACAAUACCGCUCCUACUACCAGGCCGAGGCCCACGGCACGACCGGACCCGUUCACACGACGCACAUCCGAGAAUACGGCCCGUCUCAUCGGUUCUGGCAUGACACACUGCAUCGAUUCGGGGUGGAGGUCAGUGCGGAUAGUCUGGCGGGAUCGAAUGUUGGCGCAUGGAACAUGGUGUGCUCGAUCGAUCCGGAAAAGCAGGCGCGCAGCUACUCGGCCAAUGCGUACUACCUGCCGGUGAAGGAGAGGCCAAAUCUGGCUCUCUUGACCGAGGCGAUUGUCACGGAGGUGUUGAUGAAAGACACGGGCGAGACAUGGACGGCGUCCGGGGUCCGCGUUCGCUGUGAUGGGGAGAUGUCGGAUAUCGUAGUUUCACGGGAGGUGAUUGUCUGCGCCGGCAGUAUCCAGUCACCGCAGAUUCUCGAGCUUUCAGGAAUUGGGAAUUGCGAGGUUCUUUCGGCAGCUGGGAUUCCGGUGAAAAUCCACAAUCCCAACGUGGGAGAGAACUUGCAGGACCACCUGAUGACGGUCUCGAUCUUCGAGGUUCAGCCUUCGCUGACUACGCGUGACGACGUGCUCAGCGACACGGAGCUGUACGAGGCUGCGACUCAAGAGUAUGAAGCAUCUCGCACGGGGCCGUGGACGGUCCUCCCUUGUUCGAUAGCGUACUGUCCACUAUCAACGUUCAUUACGCCCGAUCAACUAGCCGAUCUGCAUAGACAAGCAAAGGAAAUAGCGCAAGAGACGGGUCGACACAGCGAUGAGAUCCUAGCGCGCCGGUUUAAGGCCAAUACCUCCCUCGGACACAUAGAGUUCCUCUUCGAUCUCGGGAAUUGGAGUCCCUUUUUUGCGUCGGAGCCCGGGAAGAAAUACGGGACUAUGCUUCAGAUGUUGCAGUAUCCGUUCUCGCGGGGGUCCGUUCAUAUACCACCACAGUCAUCGGAUUUUCGGACGACAGUGGCCGAAGAUCCAUUGAUAGAUCCACGUAUUUAUCUCGGACCUGGAGAGAUCGACCGCAACGUGAUGAGCCUGGCGCAGGAAUUCGGGACUCGGAUCUGCCAAACGGAGCCUUUGUGCAGCAUCAUCCGAUUCCGGAGCCACCCGGCUACGGAGGAACAUGACAAAUUUGUUGUGCAGAACACUAUCACAGAUUGGCACCCCAUCGGAACGUGUGGGAUGGGAGGCAAAGCAGGCGAUCGGCAAGGCGUGGUGGACCAUCGUCUGCAGGUUUACGGGACGCGCGGGCUCCGGGUCGUCGAUGCAAGUAUCAUGCCGCUGCAAAUUAGCGCCCACAUUCAGGCAACUGUGUAUGCCAUCGCCGAGAAAGCAGCGGUUAUGAUUCUGGAAGAUAGGGCGGAGUCCGCGGGUCUAUAG